GAAAACCACAGCUGACAAGAAAUCUAACAGUCAGCCAGCAAAAAGAUCCCAUAGUGAAGUUUCUAACACAAGUACGGAAGAAACAUCGUUAAUUUUGGUAAAGCUAGACGAAAUAGAAUCUGAAAUAAAAAAUACUGUAAAAACAAAUGAUCUAAAAGACAUUGUGCAAGAAAUGGUCGCGGAAACUGUCACUAAACUUCUACUUAAUUUCAAAGACGAAAUCGGGACAAACCUAGAAAAAUUAGGAGACAAGUAUAAAUUGGAUAUUGGAGAGCUAAGGGAAAGAAUCGAUUCACUGGAAUUGAAAAAUGACGCUCUCCGAGAACAGCUAGCGGGAAAAGAAAAGUCUCUCAGAAAGCUCACGGAAACAGUGGAGCAAGCAAACUAUGCGUCAAACAAUGCUAUCAAAAUGGCGAACUAUAAUGAACAAUAUUCCCGGAAAAAUAACAUAAAAAUCUACGGGGUGAUAGAGAAGGAACAUGAAAACACUCGGGAUGUUGUGUGCAAGGUGCUUAAGGAACAGGGAGAAGUACAGAUAACGGCUGAUGACAUCACGGCGGUGCACCGAAUUCCCGGUCGGCAAGGGUCUCCACGGCCAAUUCUUAUGCAUGUUAAAAACACGGAAAUCAAGAGACAGAGGGGUUUUCCUGUUUGUACUGUAUAUAGUCAUGCUAUCAUUCGCAGGAUAGGCAACAGCUGGCUUCCUGAUAUAUGUGUUUACCACUCAGUGUUGUACCGUUAA